UACGCUAACAUAUAGUAUGACCUAGUGAAUCAUUGUAUCUGCUUACCUGUGCAAUCAAUGGUUGGUUAAAAAUAGAUCAUUGUAAUGAGCGUAAAAGUAGGGGGGAUCACCUGUGGAAAAUAAGAUAUACGGCCAUUUUGUCGCAGUUCAUUUUCAAUCAAUUACACAUUAAAUAUUCUAUUGGCAUAUUAGUGAGGUUAUUAUUAACCUGCUUGACGGGGAUGUUAAAUCAGUUUUAUUAACCAACGGCAUCAAACAUAAAAGGUGAAAAAUGGAUUCAGAAAAAAAUUCAGAAAAAGUAAAAUUGGGAUGAAGUAAAAUUUAUUGUUGAAAAACAGGAAGAUGACAGAAGUGACAAGACUGAUCCUUUAAUGAAGCCAGGUUUCGAACGAGGAAUUUCUACUGUCAGCCAAAGAGAAAAAGCGAAGGAGGAUCGACGAUACAAGUUCGGGAUAGGUUUAUUUUUGGUGUUAAACUUUCUUCUGAUAGCCCUCAUUGCAAUCACCGCAUACUAUGUAGCCACUGAAAAGGACGUGGUCGUUCUUCGUGAUUCCGACAUAUGUGUACCAUGUGAGGACCUCAAGCUUCAUCCUGAUGAUACAAUUGAGGGAAUUGAUUUCCGAGGUGACAACAAAGAGACAUGCUGCGUCAAAGAGGAAGAAGAAGGAGAAGGAGGGUCGGAAAAGCUUAUUGGAUAUUUCAUAGACCAUUGGCUGAAAAAGAAACUUGCAAGUGACAAUCGAGAGUUCACAAGAUACAAAUGUGGAGAUGACGAAGAACAUAAACCCAUUAUCAAAUUGGUUGGAAAGACGGUGAAACAAACAGGUCCUUCCGACCACAAACUGAAAUGGGACGGAACAUCUGAUUUGGCAAUUGAUCUAAAUGACGGAAGAAUCAAACAUCACGUAGACCAUGGCUUGAUUGAAAUCAAGAAGUCGGGUUUAUACCAGAUAUACAGCCAGAUUGUCCUCGAGCAUGAAAUGGCGGACAGAGACCAGCAUGGUUCCGCUUCUAUAUAUCAACACUCGGUGAUUUUGAAACAAGCAGGGAUGCCAGCUGAUUAUAAUCAUGAGAAGUUCAUUCUGAAAGUGUCUAACACCCAUUGUGCCAGCGAGUCCAACACCCACACGAUUACUAGUUACAUCAGUGGGGCAUUCCAGCUAACAGAAGGGGAUAAGCUGGGUGUCAGAGUUCAUAAUAACUCAGAGAUUGCAACGGUUCCACAUAUGAAUUUUUUUGGCGUUCAUAUGUUGUAAAUCGAAGUGGAUAAAAAUACACAGACGCUGAACAUCUUCUGAAAGAUCUUGUAACAUAUUUUUAUGAUAAAUAUGAUGCUCAAAUUAAGAUUGAUUAAUAUUGUAA